AUGUCCGUUAGCCUGUUAGCCGAUUUGCGAGAGUUCGAAGAGUCAAGUGUGGAGAAGAAAAGCCUCGUUGUCGCCGAUGCACUAGCACUGGUCGCAAGUGCGAGGCGAGAGCGUCGCGCUUUUGCCUACUAUUUCCAGUACGCUGCAGCGUCCAUUGGCGGUGGACUGGAUGUUGAUUUCUGGCGCACGAUUGUCCCGCAGGUUUGCCGGAGUGAACCUGCUGUGUGGGAUGCACUGAUCGCUGUCAGCUCACUGGUUGAGAGUCCCAAUCCCGAACAGGAUCUCGUCUCUCUACGCAGGGAUCAUUCCCGCUUUCUCAAUCAGAGCCAACGAGACGCGCUGGAGUGGUAUUCGCGCUCAGUGUCUGCGGUUCGCCGGGGAAUUGAACGGGGAACUAUAGACACCUUUGUCGGACUCAUUACAUGCAUCUUAUUUAUCUGCAUUGAGGCCCUCUUAGGAGGUAUGGAGGAAGCUUUACGCCUCUAUAGUCAGGGUGUGCAGCUCAUUCUCGCUUGCAGGACCAUGACAGCAACCAAAACCUCCAUAUUAAGGGAUACAAUUAUCCCCAUUUUUGUCCGACUAGGAGCAGUCACUCUUAGUGCGGGGGCUCUAGUGAGCAGUCUAUUGCAAGAGACUGACCUUGCAUCCACACACGAGUUUGUCUCCCUCAAGUCUGCUCGGGAGGCCAUCGUUAUCCUAGCUAUAGAGAUCCCGCUGUUUGAAUCAGCUUGCGAAGAGUAUCUGAUAAAAUCGCAUGCCUGCUGUAUAUCCCGAGAAAUGAUGGAUCAGCGAAGAACCCUGUCCGUUAGGCUACGGAGCUGGUACACUGCAUUUACUAACUCGAUGAAAUCUCGUUGCACAAAAGACCCAGCCCAAGCUAGUACCGGCGCUCUGCUCCUCGCUUACCAUGAAAUGUUAUUUGUCAUGCUCGGGGUCUGCAGAUCGCCAUCGCGGAUCACUACUGACGAUUAUCUACAAAAUUUUCAAACUAUAAUUGAGCAAUCUAGCAUCGCGUUAAGUGGCUCAGCGCGGCAUGAUGGCACCCAACCACCAUUUACCUUUGAACUCAGCGUUGGUCUUCCGCUUUGGUUCACAUGCGUCAGGUGUCGCGAACCUACAAUCCGACGCACAGCACUCGCUCUGCUCCGUCAAUCACAUCAGGUGGAGGGGCUCUACAAGCGCGACCUUGGUGCCACGAUGGGCGAACGAAUCAUGACGCUAGAAGAAAUGUAUGGGACGGCAAUAAGUGCCGGUCAAAGUCCCUUCAGCAUGGAUUUCGACCUUGGCGCCAGCCCAUACCCUACGCUUACCGAGAUGGAAACCAAGACACCAGCAGUGCUCGUCCCUGGCGAAGCACGAAUUAAGCCUCUCGGUAUCUUUCGGCCACAAGACGGCUAUCCUCCUGAAACGACGGAGAAAGACAUGGCCAAGUUGAGCCGAAGCCGUGACCAAACCUUUCUGCACUUCUCGCGGAACGAGCACGACCCCUCUAACAACAUGUGGCAGACGAUCUAUGGAUAUGCUCCUAUUGAUUUUUAA